GGAAGAGGCGGGACCCUGUGCCGAAAAAUGAGGGAAAAUAAGAGCAUGUCCGAGUCCCCGUCGCAAGCGGCGAAAGAAACACCGGCGGCGAAAAAGCAAAAACUAAGCAGUGACGAAAACAGCAACCCCGACUUAUCGGGAGACGAGAAUGACGAUGCCGUUAGCGUGGAAAGCGGGACGAACGCGGAGCGCCCGGACACGCCCACCAACACAACCAACGCCCCGGGCAAGAAGAGCUGGGGCAAGGGCAAGUGGAAGUCAAAGAAGUGUCGGUACUCCUUUAAAUGUGUCAACAGUCUGAAGGAGGAUCACGGACAGCCGCUGUUUGGCGUCCAGUUCAACUGGCACAGCAAGGAAGGAGACCCACUUGUGUUUGCCACCGUUGGGAGUAACAGGGUGACUCUGUACGAGUGUCACUCUCAGGGAGAGAUCCGACUCCUACAGUCCUACGUUGAUGCGGACGCGGACGAGAACUUCUACACGUGCGCUUGGACCUACGACACCAACACCAGCCACCCCCUCUUGGCCGUCGCCGGCUCCCGAGGCAUCAUCAGAGUGAUCAACCACAUCACAAUGCAGUGCAUCAAGCAUUACGUGGGCCACGGGAACGCCAUCAACGAGCUCAAGUUUCACCCGAGGGACCCCAACCUCCUUCUGUCUGUCAGUAAAGAUCACGCUCUCCGGCUGUGGAACAUCCAGACCGACACGUUGGUGGCGAUCUUUGGAGGCGUGGAGGGGCAUCGAGAUGAAGUCCUGAGCGCCGAUUUUGACCUUCUGGGUGAGAAGAUCAUGUCCUGCGGGAUGGACCACUCGCUAAAGCUCUGGAGAAUCAACUCGGAGAGGCUCCAGAAGGCCAUCCGGGGUUCCUACGAGUACAACCCUUCAAAGACCAACAGGCCUUUUGUCUCCCAGAAGAUCCACUUCCCGGAUUUCUCCACCCGCGACAUCCACAGGAACUACGUGGACUGUGUCCGGUGGUUGGGAGACCUCAUUCUGUCCAAGUCCUGCGAAAACGCUAUUGUCUGCUGGAAACCGGGGAAGAUGGAGGACGACAUCGACCACAUCAAGCCCAACGAGUCCAACGUGACCAUUCUGGGCCGCUUCGAUUACAGCCAGUGUGACAUUUGGUACAUGCGCUUCUCCAUGGACUUCUGGCAGAAGAUGCUGGCUCUGGGGAACCAGGUGGGGAAGCUGUACGUCUGGGACCUGGAGGUGGAAGACCCGCACAAGGCCAAGUGCACCACGCUGACUCUACCCAAAUGCACAUCGGCCAUCCGGCAGACCAGCUUCAGCCGCGACAGCAGCAUCCUGAUCGCCGUCUGCGACGACGCCUCCAUCUGGCGUUGGGACCGACAGCGUUGACACGAAAAAACGAAAAACGUUUCAUUAAAAACCUGUGAAAUGGUUGACUUUUUAUCAAAAAACAUUUUUUUUAUUAUUUUAACCCAAGAACACUGGAAUAAGCUCCCAAAUGUCAAUAUUGUUUAAAAACCAGAAAGAGAUGUGCUUUGUGUGCCUUCCUGUUUCCUAUGCUGUCUAUUAAAAACACAGACGAGAAGGAAACUGGUGCUCAAGGAGGAACCGUUUUGUCUGUCAAUCUGUCUGGAAAUUGCAUUUCAAGCUGGUCAAUAAAGUUUUGUAAAUAAGACCCCAAAAUUCGGUUUUAUAGAAAACAUUGAAUUUUAUUUUGAAGGGAACAAAAAAAAAUUUGAUUUUUUUUUUAACUUAAUAAAAC